CUCCGCAACCUCCGGUUUCUUCAUCAAAUGCUCUUGGUCUCAAUUUGGGCGGUCCCGCCCCUCCCGGUGCCAAUCCUUCCUCGUAUAAGAUAGAAAAUCAAGGAGAUAUCGGCUCUGAACUCCGACGACAGACCGGUACUUCUCCCGAUCUUGUCGAUCCUAAAGUCGUCAAGACGGAAGUAGAACAAGCUCAGAUCCCUUCGUCAUCAUCAUUAUUGCCAUGGCCAUUACAUUGUUUCCAACAUGCACGAGCAAAAGGGUAUUUGCCCCCAGAAACCCUCAUAAGGAAAUGUUCGGAACAUCUCACGAUAACGGAAUGUAAUCAUGCCAAGGCUGUGUCUGAUGGUGCGUGGAUGAGGUCCAGUUUUACAUAUCGCCUGUCCCCGCCACAAUCCCUACCCUGUUCCACCCUUGACACUUGCCGCCUGCCACCUGCGGCAUUGCCCAGGUACUGUGCUUCUUCGCUUCCCUCCCUCCUUGCCUUCCCUCCUUGUCCCUUUUUUGCGUCCCUUUUGUACCUAUCCAAGACGCACGACGCCCCCAUCCCCGACCAACCUACCAACCUCGCUCCCUUUCCUUCUGAAGUCCCUGGUCUAUGAUAUGAUUAUCGGCUUAAGAUUUUUGCUUAUCAUUUUGCUUCCGUAUAUGGCAUCACCCACUUUUGGCAGCUUUGAGUGGAUGGCUCCCUGCGACGUUGGAUUGUGAGACGAGAAGACGCCUCACACGGGAAGCGACGAGACCA